AUGUUAAACAGAUGCUUGAUGUUAAUUCCAAAGAUCCGAUUAUCAGGACAGUCUAUUAGGAUUUUUGCAAGAUUUCAAAGCAUGACAGCUGGCAAGAUGGAAACACAAAGCAAUGAUUACUCCAAUUGGUCUAGAAAACAAUUAUUAUCAAAAAUCUAUGAACUAGAAGGACGCAACAGUAAACUCGAGCAGAGUGACACGGUCGAUGAAAAGGUUGUAGAAAACUUACCGAAAACUAAAAAGCAGAAAACUUUCGAUUUUUCCAAGUACACGAAGAGGAAGAUUGCUUUACGUUUUUCAUAUUUAGGAUGGAAUUAUCAGGGUCUUGCACUGCAGGGAGAGAGGACUGAAUUACCAACAGUUGAAGAGAAAAUAAUGGAGGCAUUAUUUCGAAUCAAACUCAUUGGUUCUAUCAAUCAGGAAGAAUGUGAUUUUAGUAGAUGUGGGAGAACCGACAGAGGCGUGAGCGCAAUGAACCAAGUGAUUUCCCUUACUGUUCGAUCCAAAUUGACAGAAGAGGAGUUGAAAGAUCCGAAAAAUGAUGAAAAAGAAAUAGAUUAUAUCAAAUCCAUCAAUCAGGCCUUACCUGAUGAUAUCAGAGUUCACAGUGCUUGCUUGAGACCACCGAAGGAUUUUGAUGCAAGAUUCAGUUGUACGUUCAGACAUUAUAAGUAUAUUUUCAAUGGCGACGGACUUGACAUAGAUGCAAUGAAUACAGCCGCCUCCUACUAUUUAGGUGAAAAUGACUUUCGGAAUUUUUGUAAAAUUGAUGCUUCCAAGCAGAUUACAAACUUCAAAAGGUCUAUUUUAGUAUCACAGAUUGAUCCAAUAGAAGGUGAAAAGAACAUGUACGUAUUCAAUUUAAAAGGCACGGCGUUUCUCUGGCACCAAGUUAGAUGCAUGGUUGCCGUGCUAUUGACAGUUGGUCAAGGUUUGGAAGCUCCAGAAAUAGUCAAAGAGCUCCUUGAUAUUUCUCUCAAUCCAUCUCGUCCAACAUAUAAAAUGGCCCACGAUAUUCCAUUGGUUCUCUAUGACUGUGGGUUUACAGAUAAUGUGAAAUGGACCAGUGGCCCAAUGAGAAAUUUCAAUGUCAAUGCAUCAGUUAAUGGCCUUUGGAAUGAUUACAAGAUUAAGGCUAUCAUUUCUGACUUUAUGCGAUCAUUUUGCAAUAUGAAAUACAAGGAUGACUCUCAAAAGAUACAUAUUAAUCUUGGCGAUGGACUAGGUCAGGCAAUGAAAAAAUAUAUCAUGUAUGAAUAUAGGCCUAAGUUGGAGACAGCAGAGCAAAUUAACUCCAAAUGGAGAGGUAAAAAGCUGGAGUCGAAGAAGAGGCCACACACAAACAUAUAA